AUGCCGAAGCCUACCAUUGUAUUCGUGCCGGGCUGUUGGGUACGACACCUCGGAAGCACCAUUCUAUCUACCACUAAUCUUCUGAAGCAUGUGCCAGCCCACUUCAACCAUGUCCGCGAGGAAUUGAAAAAGGAAGGCUACAACUGUGUUGGCGUAGAAUUGCCAGGAAACACGCACAAUCCACGCAAGGACGAUGGCCAGCUGAUCGGCAUCGCGGACGACGUCGCCGCCAUCCGCAAGGUCGUCUUACUGGAGCUAGAUUCCGGAACCAAUGUAGUCGUCGUCACGUAUUCAUAUAGCUCCAUUCCAGGCACAGCAGCCCUCGCGGACCUCAACCUAUCAGCCCGCAAAGCCGCCCGCAAGAAAACGGGCAUCGAGGCGGUGGUCAUUAUAUCCGGCUUUCUUCUCCCAGCCGGCACAACAAUGUUCGAAGUAAUGGGUCGCCAGCUACCGCCACAAUAUUUCCACGAACACGACGUGACUCUGCCGUUCAAUGGACCUGGAGCGAUCCACAUUCUCUACAACGACCUCGAACACAACGAAGCUCUUAAAGCGGUUUGGAAGCUGAAGCCGCAGUCUUAUGGCAUCAAUACCAGUCCCGUGCCUGAUCAGCUAGCGGGAAUGAAGGAUACGCCGCUGUACUAUUUGCUGUGCGAUAACGAUAAUGCUGUUCCAUUUGAGGCGCAGAAGGCUACUGUCCAAGCCUUUCGUGCGAAUAGCGUAAAGGUGUACGCGGCAGUCGCUCCGAGUGGGCAUAGUCCUUUCUUGAAACUGCCGGUGGAGACGGCAAGGUUUAUUCAGAAAGCUGCUGGGCAUGAGAGUAUAGAGACGGGAUUUCGGGGUUUGGAAGAGGGGGAGGAAUGA